AUGUCCGGCGGUAAGGAUCGCCGAUCGAGGGCGAGCAAAACGCAAGGAUGGGAGGAGGCGGGCGGCGAGUUCUACCAGGAGAGCUAUCCGGCCGAUCUGGAGGGUAUGCAGCGCGAUCCGUCCAAGAUUGCCACCCUGCUACCAUCGAAGCAAACGCGAAAUGCAACGACAAGACGCGUCCGGCCGUCGCAAGGCCAGGACACCAAGGGAGGCACCCGGCGAAGGGCGAGCUUUUCGACGACGGUGGCCCGGCGAGGUUCGCAGUACCACGAGAUGCAGGUGGCCACCCUGCCCGACCUGUCCGAGAACCUUAUCAACGAGGAGCGAACAUGGGAGGAAAUACGGGAGAUCAAAUCUAUGCCGGUGCCGAUGGCACAGAAGCGGGAAAUGAAGGCACAACUGCAGAACGCCACAAAACUCCGACUGCAAGGAUUCGAGCAGAUCAAGUGGCGACGGCGGAAAGCGUGGCAGAGCUUUCGCUCCAAGUGGGGCGAAUACCAGACGAAGCUGGAGUUGUGGCGCAUGUCGUUGAAGACGAUCGAGGGUAACUUUGGGACGGGUGUGGUCGCGUACUUCCUCUUCCUGCGCUGGCUCGUCUUUCUCAAUCUGUUGCUAUUUCUGCUGAUCUUCGCGUUUGUUGUCCUGCCGCAUCUGGUGCUGCGCGAACCGGCCGAUCUACCGUGUGACGCUGAGACGGACGCCACGUCCGUGCAGUGCUGCUCGGAAGGCUACGAGAAUGUAACCCGUACGGCACAGUUCUCCGUACUCGAUCUGAUCCAGGGGACGGGAUUCGUGGAGGGUACGCUACUGUUUUACGGCAUGUACACGAACCAGAUCUACGGGUACAGCCCGAUGGAGGAUCGGGCGUACCAGACGGCUCGGCAGAUGAGUGCGACAGCGGUGGCCGCAGCGGCCAACGGAUCGAGUGCCAUAGCAGCAGGCCAGAGUCGGCUGAUGGAGGACGAUGGCACCGUACCGGAUCAUCCGGAACCGACCACUAUCCUUUACUACGACCUACCGCUGGUGUACGUGAUCAUCAUUGCGAUAUACUACGCGAUCACACUCGUCGCGAUCAUGCGUGCCGUCGUGCGCCAGUUCAAGGAUCGCAUCGCCGAGGGUGAGGGUCUGUUCUAUCAGUACUGCAACCUGGUGUUUGGUGGGUGGGACUUUUGUAUCCACAAUCAGAAGUCGGCCGACAUCAAGCAUAAAGCGUUGUUCAACGAAAUAAAAUCGCUGCUGUACCAGAAGCGGUUCGAGCACGAGCGAAACAACCGAUCGCGCGAGUUUAUGCUCAAACUAAUCGCAAAACGCAUCGUGAUCAACUUGAUUGUCUUCGUAAUCCUGCUGCUGGCUGCCAUCACCAUAUACGUGCUGUUUAACGAGUCGCUGGCCAAACUCGAACCGAACUACAAUCCUUCGAGUUCCGGCAACCGCAGCAUCAUACUGAGCUGGUCGACGUUUUUCUCGACUUCACCUCGCUCGGGAGCGGGUUCGCUGUCCAGCACGAUCCAACCGUUGCUACAAACCGGGUUCGCCGAUGACGGAACGUCCGGUGGAGCGGACGGAACCAACAACUUCACCGACUCGGGGGCAACGCUCGACCAGCCUCAGUUUUCGUUGGAAGAGAAACUACGGGUGCUGUUCUACGAGUUUCUGCCCUACCUGGCGAUCGUGUGUAUGAAUUUGGUCGUUCCACUUAUCUUCAGCUAUCUGGUCAAAUACGAGAAGUACUCGCCACUGUUCGUGAUCAAAAUAAGCCUCUUCCGGACGGUGUUUCUGCGGCUUUCUUCACUGGCGGUGCUGCUCAGUCGGUUCUACUUUCUCAUCACGCCCAUGAACGACACCCAGAAGAUGCUGCUUAUGAACAGUUCGACCGGGGAUCAGGGUCAAACGGUCGCCACGGUAAAUGCGACACAGUCGGUGCCUCUGACACCGCCACCAUCCUCCGUUCUGGUGAGCUCCGGUGAGAUGAAUGACACAACUGGCGCUUUUGUGGCGAACCUAACCGCGACAACGAUGUCGCUAAUCGGGACACUACUACAGCAGCAGUCCGAGCAGCAGCCGGACGGGCAGGAACAACCGUCUCUUCCAGCCCCUCAGUGCUACGACGAGAAAAACGGUGCUCCACAGUGCUGGGAAACGUUCGUCGGUCAGCAGUUCUACAAACUGUUCAUCGUCGACUUUGCGACGCACUUUCUGGUGACGUUCUUUGUGAACUUCCCGAGGGCCCUGUUCGCACGACACUCGAGCUCCCGUGUGGCCAAGUUCAUCGGAGAGCAGGAGUUCGAGCUAUCGAAACACGUGCUCGACGUAAUCUACUCGCAGACGCUCUGCUGGCUCGGAACGUUCUAUACGCCGUUUUUGCCGGCGAUCGCAGCCGUUCUGACGUUCCUGAUGUUCUACAUCAAGAAGUUUGCCUGCUUGGUCAACUCGAACCCCUCGGCCAUGCUGUAUCGGGCGUCCCGCUCGAACUCGCUGUUCAUGUCGACACUGCUGAUCUCGUUCACGGUUGCCCUGGUGCCGGUUGUGUACGCGUUGGCCGAGCUCGUACCCUCACGCUCGUGCGGCCCAUUCCGUGGGCUCCCGUCCGUCUGGGAUCGGGCAAUUGCGGCGUUCAUGAAGCUGCCGCUGUUCUUCCGCAACGUGCUGUUCUUCUUCGGUACGGCCAGCUUCGCCAUACCGUGCUUUGUGGUGCUGACGUUCUUCAUCUACUACUACUACGCCGUGUCGACUGCCAACCGGCACAUGGUGCAGGUUCUAAAGCAACAGCUCGUACUAGAGGGACAUGACAAGCAGUUCCUUCUCAGUCGGCUCAGUUUGUUCAUCAAGCAACAGCAAGAAUACCAGAAACGUAUGAUGCGCCAGGCGGCCGAACAGCAGCAGCAGCAGCAAUUGCAAGGGCAGUACCCCCAACACUCGUCCUCUUCCAGCUCAGCCGCCAACCAUGUGAUACAAUCCUCGCCCUAUCAACAACAGCAGCAGCAGCAGCAGCCACCGAUAGUGCCACCGCCCCGCACUAACAGUCAAUCACAGGCGACGGAACCGAUACCGGCUCUACCUCCACGUGACUCGAAACCGAGUAGUCGCGAUCGGCCAAAGGACCUACCCCCGCCGCCGCUACCAACAAAUUCCGGCACCGUUGCGAUCGAUCUAAAGUAGGACCCCCCUUUUGGUUUAGGUUUACAAUGAGAUUAGAACACACGUGGCGGAGCGCCUCGUCGUUUGUUCCUUCCCGGUCUCUUCAGCUUCUCCUUCCGGGCUUCAUUUACGGAGAGCGGACCCGAGACAGACCAAUCGUGAUAUUAUAUUCCAAUCGUUAGGUCAUUUUUUUUUUACUAUAAUUUAGCGAAAUCUUUAUAAUUUAUUCUAGUUUCGGUAUCCCUGAUUUAUGUUUAUGAUUUAGCCACAAUGGUUUAGAUUAAUUUUUCGCAAAAACACAAUUCCUCAGCGACAUAGUCGGAGAAGCAAACAGCAAGGGGAUAUAUUAAAAUAAUUGGUGGUUUGCAAAAUGUACACCCCCCCCUUGGGGAUCGUAUUGUAAGGUUGAUUUACACUUUAAAAGUGUAACUAACUUACAUGUUGAAGGAGCAAGAAGGAUCACGUUUUAAUUUACAACUGUUUUAACUCGUUUUUCCUUCCGCAAACGCUCCUUACUUGUUGUAUAUAAUUUAUUGCGCAAAAAAUAUGUUUGUAAGCGUGUAUAAUUGAGUGUUUAUAUGUGUGCUGCUAGCUGUAAGUAAACAAUGUGGAUCUAGUGUGCAUAUUUCCUCGUUUCACACGGACACGUAAAAUAAAAUGCAAGGUAGGACUUGCGUGAUAAAAUAUAAAGUACAUUUGGGUAGACGGAAGUAGCAACACAAAAGAAAAGGUCCAGGAGAUCAUGACACGCAUGUGAUGGGGAAGGCAAGAAAAAAAAAUGCUGUGGGUAGCAUAAGUUAGCGAUGUUUGUCAUCCAUAAGUUACGAGAUGUCAAUCGAAACAAUCGUGUUUCCACCCCCAGACACACACACUUCUCACUAACGAUGGGCAGCUAAGAAAAGAACUCAAACAAAAACGUAAAACAAAGUUUCACUUAAAAACGAAUACACUAAUAACAACCUUUUUUGGCAAUCCAGACUCAUCAAGGGAGGGCAGUCGAAAACAAAUAAACGGGAACCAACCCGCGUACCAAUAAGCUUCAUGUACUAAAAGAAUAAAGUAAAUAGCCAAAUUUUCAUACGAAUUAAAUCGUAAUAGACCGAGAUUAGGCGAAAAUGUAAGAACAUUCUGCUCGCAAAAUCAUUUCAUCUGUAAAAAAGGGAUACAAAGAAGAAAACCAAUAAUAAGACUGCCUAUUUGUACCGUUUAGUUAGUACUGGCUGGCCCAGCUCCGGGCGGAUACCAGUCGAAAUAACGAAUUAAACAUGCUCAAACACAAUACAGAUAAUACGAUUUAAACAAAAUUGGACGAUCUUUGCUAGGUGCUCGUUGCCAGCCCGGUUCAACUUUUUUCGAAUCCCCGCGCAUGUUUUACAAAUAGUAGACAAUUUUUGAACGACUCUUAGGUUUACGGUAACAUACUUUUAUUCUUGAGACAUCCAUCUGCUCUGUCCCAUUCUCCGCGAGGAAACCUCAUCAGAAUACUCUGUAAUAUGAAAAGGGGGAAGCAAUACAAGGUAGAUCUGACCACACAACAAAUCCUCUUUAGCUCCUCGUUUCACUGGAGGAAGUAUACUUUUAUCUUCCAACAACAUACGGAAAUGCCCGUCGCAUACGUGUCCCCAUGAAAGACUUUUUACGGAUAUUGAACUAAAUCGGAGGAACUGCGCGCGGACCUACGCGCGGCACGUUUCCAUAUCCGCAACAGUCUGAUAUACGUAACUACUGCACUCCGGUGGAACUAAGCUAAUCUAAGAUCUCAUAAGACAAAGUGGCCAUCGGUGGACCACAAGCUGUGUCGCCAGUCUCGGAGUCAAGGGAAAAAAACAUUUAUAAAACGAAUCGCAUACAUUAGGAAUAGCCAUAGGUUAAAAUGGAAACUUUACCACCCAGAAAAGUCGUCACGCAGGCUAAUGCUUGCUGAUGCUGCUUCCCCCCCCCCAUAAAAAAACCCUUCCGGCCCUACGAAUGGUCUAUUCGAAAUCGUGCUAUCCCCAAUCGUGUUAAGACUGCUUUAGCGUAAACGAAAAUUAGUCAGUUGAUUCAACACUAUAGUACGAGUAAAGCAACAACAAUAUCCUUCUGCUGUUCUACCACACGACAUUAUCACUCUCUACUGCUGAAACAUCCAUUUUCAUAAUACUAAACAUCCACAUUUUAUGAGAUACAUUUUGUAAUAACAAGUGUACCAUAAGUAUAUGACAAACGUACAAGAGAAGAAGGAAAAAGCUGA